GAAACCAUGGUGACAUUCGUAUUGCUGGUUGAAUUACACUGAGUUAGUAUUCUUUCAGUGUAUAUGUUUUGUGGUGGUUCCUAUUUUCUGGUUUUUCAAAUCAUAAUGUGUAAGGUGUAUUGUAAACAAAAAUAAAUACGAACAGUUUAAAAAGUGAUCCCAACGAAUUUGACUGUGUUGAAUAUGCUGGAGUAAUAAGGGAAAAAUUAUGACAGACCAUUGUGCAGUUGAGGGAGAAUUGAGCAUCAAAAACGAGGGCAAUGAAGUUACACAUCCACUCGAAGCAGUUUCACUUAUGAUGAAAGCUGAAUCUAGUGAAGGAGAUAAAUUUGAUGAUCUUGCGGCAAGUAAUGAAGAAUUCAUGAUUAAUCCUAGUAAGGUAAAAUCAGAAAUGGAUAUGUAUAGUGAAGCCUUCAAGAUUUCGGAAAUUACAGAAGAAUUUAUUAUUAAGGAUGAGGAUAGUGAAACCAGAAUGGAUGUAGCUUCCGAUGUAGUUCCAAAUAGAACGUCAAAAAUUAAAUUGCCCAGGAAGCAAGCUGUGUAUGAGAAAGUUGACUUAAAAUCGUGCAGUUGUUUUACUUGUACCUACACUACUUAUCGUGAAUGUCAUUUAAUUCGCCACAUGAAAUUGCACUCUCUUCCAAGCCUAGUUUGGAUAUUCGUUCGUGUUCAGAGUCUUAUGCAGUAUUUACAAAUGAAAAAAUAUUGUUUGAUCAUACUAUGCAAAACGUUUAUCAUCAACGGCAUCUUCAAAGACCCGGACCCGGAAAUCCAAAUGCAUUCACUGUAAUGCAAUGCUGAGUUGUUCGUUUGCUUUAGAUGACCAUAAGCUAAAAAACAUCCAAACUUUAUUGAAUCUGUUGGUAGGUUGAUAUGCGAAUGUUCACAUUGCACUUAUAGAACUGUUAAAAAGACCGACCUUUGUACACACAUGUUAAAGCAUACUGAUAUUAGUUCAAAUCUUAAGAAACAUAUAUGUGUCCACUGUAACAUGACAUUCACUCGUGCAACAGGAGUGGAUGAUCAUAUUCUUAGGAAACAUCCUGACUUUAUUAAAUCAAUUGAUAGAAAAAUACACGAAUGUUUAUACUGCACUUACAAAACCAUUAAUAAGACUGUCUGAUGAUGAUGAUGAUGAUGAUGAUAUUGUUCGAAGUUAUGAACCCAAACUGUGCACUGGUUACAAUGUAUCAUUCAGAGGUAAUUUAACCUAUGAUGGUUAUUUACUUGAAUACCUUCCUGAUUCUAUCAAUUUAGUUACUAGUAAGGUAUAUGAAUGCCAAAUUUGUAGUUACAAAACUGUUUGGGAAGCUAAUUUGAACAAUCGUCAUCUGUCAUCAUCAUGUUAAACGGCAGUUUACGUGUAGUCCAGCUUUUUUUAUAACAAAAUUAGGACAGAGGCAGGUACAAAAAUUAGCCUGGUUAAGGCUAACAUUUUGUUACAUCGUCUUGGCAUCGUGACGACUGUUCUGAGGUUUUGGACAUCUGUUAUUACUUGAAUGAUGACUAGUUGAUGUUCAUUACAGCUUUUUAUUUGGCAUUUAAAUGCUCACUGAAGCUUUGAUUAAACAUGAAGUAGUAGUAGUAGUAAACUUUAGAUUACCUUUUCUACCAGCAAUUAGUUCAACAUAAAAAAUUUAAAUGGUAAAUAUUGUUAGUAACAUAUGGAUGACCCAGUGGCACUACCAAACAUUUGGCUACUUUCUCAGGAAGUACAAAAAAUCAUUUUCAAAAGCUUGUGCUGAUUGGACUCUUUCCAAACACAAUGGGCUGAACGAAUCAAAGUUUACAUGACAUGAUUUAUUUGAUAAGAUUAUGUUCAGCCAUAUAUUUCUUUGUUACUUGGUAUUCCAAAAAAGGUCUGUUUGAUACCAGGUAUUGCUUUUGAAUUGAAUAAUAAUCAAAUUGAGUAAAAAACAAACUUCAAGAAAACGCUUCAAUACAAAAUACAAACUGCUUACAAGGAAAAACCUAAAGCUAACCCUGAACUUAUAUCUAUGCUUAUGAUACAAAAUAUUGCAAAAAGUACAAAAUUGUUCAACGUAUAAUGUAUGACAGUUAUUCGUAAUGCAGGUAAUUGUAAUAAUACUGAAUCUCUUUUGGUAGUGUUGUCUUCAUGUCUUGACGAUGGUCGUACUUUUCUCAUCUUGAUUAACUUGUUAAAGCUAGUCUUUGAUAAAUAGGACAGCAUUGAACCUCGUCUAAUGGGCUUUUUAGAUUGCUUUCCCGUGACUACACAAAACGUUAGCGAACCUCUGUUGCCUUAUGUUCAAAUUUCACCGUAUGUUUGAUGAGAUAUGAAAGGUUCCUUCAAAAGAAAAAUGGGGAUAUUUUUGAGCACUCAGCUUAAACAUAACAAUCAAGGUGAAGAACCAUAUCCACAACGAUAUUAAAAACGACUUAUUUACACUAAUUUAAGUCUAACAUUGACAUGUUAAAAUAUAUCUUGACGAUUUUAUUUUUAUUGUCAUUUCUAUUCGAAACAUACCGUGUCUGAAAUAAGUAAUGAUUAUCAAAAUUCCUUGGCAAAUAGCUUUAUAAUAGAUUGUUCAAAUAAAAUAUCGGUAUUGACUUACGUCCAUUUGGCAACAUCAAUACCUACCAGGAACAGUGAUCAAAUUUGUGCUGCUUUCAACAUUUCCAAGACUUAAUGUCUCGUUCACUCUGUUUAAACAUCUUUGCAAGACCAAGUGGUUUUCUGCUGGCAAAUAUAAAACUUUGUAAGUCAUUCCAGAUAAUCAUUUCUGCCAUAUCUUCGAUAUCUGCUAUCCACUUUUCUAUCGGGUAGGCCGUCAAUUAUGUGAACAGUGUCCAGAGUCACGAAAAUGCAUUGCAAAUUUUGCUUGGGGUUCUUGUACAAGAAACUUAUGUGAAUGAGGAUGAAUGGAGACAAUGGAUGUAAACUGAGGACGUGGGUAAAGGAAAAUCAAAGGGAGUAAUGCAGCUUCGUCAGUUCAGAACAAAUAAUUGCAUGGCUGUUUUGGUUGAUGGAAUCACGAUGGUUAACUUAUAUGAUUAGCCCGGUGGCAGAUCGAAGACGCGGCUCGAGGACUGUAUACUGCAAAUUGGGGAAGUAGAGGGUAAACUCCUACUAGUAGGGGAUCUCAAUGCUAAAAACAGGGCAUGGGGGGGAGAGUGGACGGAUGAAUGAGGAGAACGUCUGUUGGAGUGGUGCGUUGCAGAAGGCCUGGAUGUGUGGAAUGAAAAGGAAGUGGCUGCUACCUUUAGUAGCAGUAGGUGUGAGAGUUGGGUGGAUGUGACAUUAGGCAGGGGGUUGAAUCUGGCGGAGUGGAGGGUAAGAGAGGAGGAAAAAAGUUUAAGCGAUCUCCGUUACAUUACGUAUGAAUGGGAGAGUGAACAGAGACGAAGGGUAAAAAAGGUGUAUGAUUUUGAUAGGACCGAUUGGGAUACAUUUAAGAGGGCGAUUGAGGAAUAUAACGAGUGGGAGAAUGACCUGGGGCUGAAUUAUGAAGCAACUAGGUUCCAAAAGCACUUACAUUAGGAAACGCGAAGAGGAGGAACCUAGCUGGUGGUGCGAGAGGACUGAAAGGAUUAGGACGAGUGUAAGGAAUAAAACAAGAGCAUGGCACAGAGAAAAGAAAAGAAUUUGUGGAUGAAAUGAAUAGAUAUAAGAAGGAAGUGAAGGAGAGGAAGGUUGAAUGGAUGUCAGAAAAACUGAAGAGUAGGCAAGAAGGAAACGCGUGGGAGACGGUAUGGAAGUUAAUGAAAUGUAAAGGAAAAAAGGGAACGAGUACAGUGAGGAAGGACGACGGACGAGGAAUACUGAGGAGACGGACGAACGGCUCCUAGAGAAGUACUUCCCGGAGGAGGAUGGGACCUGGGAGGCUUUUGGCCACUGCGCCGGAUCUCAAGACACCCCCUUGGGAGUUGGAGGAUUCGGCUCGGGGCUUGGAGACUGGUAAGGCUUUGGGAGAGGAUAGAGUUCCCUUUGAGGUCUUACCGCAAGUCCUGGGGGAUCAAGGGGAGUACAUACUCGGGUUGAUGAAUAGGUGUAUGGAAGUGAGUGUGUUCCCGGAGGCAAGGAAGGAAACAAGGGUAAUUUGGAUUCCCAAGGAGGAUGGGUCUUCCAGACCCGUGUGCCUUCUGACCACUUUGGAAAGAUGGCUUGAAAGUAAGGAUCGCGUGAGUGACUGUCAGUACGGAUUCAGGACUGGCAGGGAUACGACUGAGGCAAUUGAAAGUGUAAUAGAGAAGAUUGAGGAUGGGUGCAGGGUGGACAAACACUCCAUGUUCGUCGGUCUGGCCGUAUCGAAAGCGUUCAAUAUGGUCAGGUGCGAAGCGGUCAUGGAAGUUCUGAGUGCGGCAGCUUCCUCAGGGGGCGAAUGGUGAAGGGAGGAUGUAGGGAAAAAGUGGUGAGCCGUGGCUGUCCCCAGGGUUCAUGCUUGGGGCCAACCAUGUGGGUAUGUGUGAUGGAAGGAUGGAUAAAGAGAAUGCGAAGGCUGAGUGAGGCAUGGCAGAGAGAAGAGGAGGUGGAAAAAUGUGUGUAUAGGGUGUAUGCAGAUGAUCAAAUGAUAAUAGUGCGAGGAAAGUCUGUGAAAGUGAUCGAAGCAAGAUGGAAGAAGAUGGAUAGAGCAGGAAUGUUUGAGAUGGAAGACAGAAUGUGGACAACUGUAAAAUGGCGGAAAGACCGAGGCUAUGUUUUUGGAUCAGGAUAAAAAGAUUAGGGAACCGGUGAACUGUAUGAAAGGGGUACGCGUGAUGAUAGGAGAAGGUGUGAAAUACCUAGGAAUGUAUGUGGACAGAAAGCGCAAUUGGAUCGAGCACGUGAAAAAAGUGAAAGCGAGAGUGGGUGAAGUGGGGUCAUACAGAGAAAGUGGGAUAUAAGAAAGGAGGUCUACAAAAUAACUUAUCUAUGAGCGUGUACUGAAGAGUGCGAUACUGUAUGGAUGGGAGGUAUGUUCAUGUUCAAAGGCUGUGCGCAUUAGGACGGUGGCGACAGAAAGCUUAGAAGUGCUGAAUGGGAUGAAACCUCUGAAUAUGGUAGCGCAUGAAAGAUGGAGAAUGGUUAAAAACGACUGAAUGGGGAUUUCAAGGUGAGGGUGAAGACAAACCUCACCCGGCAUGGGGCGUCAGGGUGAGUAGAAGACAAUUGAAUGAGGAUAGUUGGAAGAUUUAUGUGGAUGCGAGUGUGUAGGAUGAUAGGGCGGGUACGGGAAUGGUGGCGACGCGGGGUGGCCAGGUCGGAGUCCAAACCUUUGAAAGAGCAGGAGGUGUUUCCUCAUCCUUGCUGGAGGAGUUCUCCGCGGUAUAUAGAGAAAUACAAUUUGGGAAUGAGCUGCAGGCGGACUUCCUUGAGGUGUACACCGACUGCAGGUGGCGUGUGACAGUUUGCGGAGCUAUGGAAUAAAAGGGAAGAUGCGAGUGAAGAUUAACGCGUUAAAUGGAAGGAUGAGAGUGGAAGGCAUGCGUGUUGAAGUAAAAUGGAUUGAUAGAGGGGCGUGUGCGUUUAUCAGAAUGGCUGACAGAAGAGCGCGAGAAUAACGGCAGAAAGAUCGAGUGGAUUGGGAUAAUGAAUGGGGGUUUUGAAAGAGGUAGUAUGAAAAAAGCAUAGAACACACACGGUAACUUCCCGGCCUACCUGCAUAGGUUUGGAUUGAUGAGAGGGAGUAUGGUCUGCGAGUGUGGAAGAGGGGAUGAGAGCGCAAGGCACGUUAGAGAGGAAUGCGGACUGGAAGAGAGGCAGGAUGCGAGGGAGCGAGUGAUGCGUGUCUGGGGUAACCUCAGACCGCAGUUGAGAAUGGAAAGGAAGAUGACAGAGCAGUUCAGUUAGUGAAUGAAUGGUCCGCAAAAGUGGUGAGGGAUGUGCGAGGAGGGAAGUUUUCAGUGGACCAAUGCCGCAUAAGAUUUUGGCCGGAAAUUUUAGGAUCAUGUUUAGGUUAGGUUUUAAAUGAAUGUUAAGUUUCUUUCUGUUAGAUUCGAUUAGGUGUUUAUUUAAAUAUUGCUCAAGUUUUGAUUUUAUGGGAAUAGGUUAGGUUUUUUAAAUUAUGUUCAAGUUUGAAUCUGGUGCUUAAGUUUAGGUUUGUUUUUCUUUUAUUAUGUGUAAGUUGGUCAUUUGGGUGUAGGUAUUUCUUUAAUUUAUGUUUUAGUUUGAUUUGAGUAACUAAGCUAGGAUUUUUCUUUUAUUGUUUUCUGAUUAAGUUAGGGUUUUCUUCUAUUAGGUUUAGGUUUCAUUUCUAAUCUAUUUUGUUACUGGUAUUUUGGGUUUGGAGUCCCAAAAAAAAAAUGGAAAAGGGAGAGAAGGGGAAGGCGACCGAAAGCCUCACGUUCGUGUGAGUGGAUGAUUGUAUCGGGCAAGACGAAGCAUGCAAUGAAUAAGCGCUGUUCGGGACUACCCCCUGGCCAAAAGCUGUCGUUCGGAUUGGUGGUGGCAGCAGCGCAUACGGAGCGAGUCGAAGCGAAGAAGCUCGAGAUUUAUGUGUAUUCGGAGAUGAUUCACUAGUGAACCCAACUCUCGAUAUAGGUUUAGGCUCUGGCUAUCAGUGCUCGACUCCAAAAUUUAUUGUAAGUGGAGUUGAGUCAGCCAGGCAGACUACUGAGGUGCCGGAACGUAUCUCUACUGGGAACCCUGAUGCAAGCUGUUGAGAGAGGUAGUUGGCCUUGGGGGUGAAAUAACAGCUAUUUGUUCCUUUUCCAGUGGUGAGUCGGGUUUAUUCUUCUUGUACAAUGUUGUAGUCUGAUACUAGACGUUUCACAACUUACAAUGGGUAUUUAACACUACAUUUAACAAUUUUAGAGACAGUUUUGUGCUCUUAGAAAUAAAACGUGUGGACUGUAUGUUCUAGUUCUCUCAACUCUCUCCACAGUUGCCACGUCGGGCAAAUUGUUCGUAACACGCGGAAACACAAGCAGCUCAAGAUAAUUAAUACGUUGAUCUCUUUCUAUACUAUUCCAAAAUCCGUGAGACGCCUUGUCCUGAAAAAAAUACCCCAACCAGUGGUGGAUGCAUCAGAGAAGAUUUUUAACUGAAAAUUGUUUACCGAAAUGUAAUUAAAGGAACUACUAAUAUUAUGAAUCCACCACCCAAAGUCUCCAGUUAAAUAAUCUGGAAUAAUCAUAUAAGAAUUAAAAUCACCAUUAGAUUUCUUGAGAGCUAAACAUUUUUCUCUCUCAAACAUCUUCGUAUAAAGCCAACCGUAUUUUACGGCAGGGCAGGCUGAAGUGAACGUACCAAUAAAACAAGCGAAAUCUUUAAUUUUACAACGUCUUAAUUUGGAAAACUUAUAUGCCAAUCUAGAAAUUCUCUCCUUAUUAGUUUUAGGCAGAGAAACGGUCAUAUCAACCGAGUUGUAAACGAAACCCAAAUACUUGCAUACCUGCUUGGGAAGAAGUUUACUCUUAGUAUAAUUUAUUAAAAAGCCUAAAUUUUCCAACAACUCAAUUGUUUGCCGAGUGCAAUCCAAAGCUGUCUGGCCCAGCAAAAGGAAAUCAUCUAAGUACAAAACGGAGAGGAAACCUCUUUCCCUUAAAUAAUUCACCACGGGUUUCAUUAAUUUGGUGAAAAUAUAUGGAGCACAAUUGAGCCCAAAUGGCAUACAGGUAUAUUCAAAAAUUGUGCCUUUAAACUUAAAUCGAAGAUAUUUCCUGUAUGACUUGGCUAUAGGGACUAACAGGUAAGCAUCCUUCAGAUCCGGUGAAGACAUGAAGUUACCACGCCCAAUUAUCUUACUCACUGUUUUAUGCUCUUCUAAUUUAAAAUGACUAACUGAAAUGUAAUCAUUUAACGAUUUGAGGUUGAGAAUAAGUCUUUGACUACCGUCAGGUUUAGGAGUUACAAAAAUAUUAGAUAAAAACUGAUCCUUAAGAGGGCGCACUUUCUUCAAGGCCCCGGUGGACAAACAUUUUUUAAUAUUAUUUUCAAUCUCACCCAGUUCUGUCGGAGAACAUUUAGGUUCCUUCGGUAUGUGAGACGGACGAGGCUUCUUAAUCCAUGACAAGACAUGCUUGUCAGACGUUAUUUUGCACCAGUUUGCAUAAAAUAAUUUUAAUCUGCCAGCUGUUUCACCAACCUCAGUAUUCAUCGGCGAUAUCUCCCUCUCUGCCCUUGUUGGUCCAGCCGUACUGGCUUCUUUUCUUGAACUCGUCGGAACUGCUGUUUUCCUCCAUAACUGGUCCGGUAAUGCUGUUGAAGCGGCCCAUUCGUAGACCUCGUUGCGAUUAGAGAUGAUCUUAGCAGCGACUUGCAAGUCGCCGGGAUACCGGUGACAGCGACCUUAAAGUCGCCGGUAGAUUUAGCAGCGCUUUAGGUCACUGCCUGGCUAUGGUCGCUGCCACCAGCCAGCGACUCCCUGACGCUGAUUAAAUUACUCAAUAUUUGGCGGCGGUUAUCCAUUGAUAUUAACGAGGUGUAGGUGUUCAGGUUCCAGCGGAUUUGAAUUAAACUAUAUUUAAGGUUUUUGUUUUUAACAAUAUUGAGCACAAAAUACAAAAUCAUAAAAAUACAUAAAAUAUCUUUCUAUGAAUCUUAAAAAGUAAAACAAAAUACUAUUUUACCAGUCAAAAUAAAACUUUUAAAACAUAACAAAUGUAGUCUAAAAAUGCUUCUUUUAUAUGUUAAACAUUGCUUAAUAAAUGAAACAUUUUUCUAUGAAACAGGAAAAAUUAUACGAAACAUAAGAUUAUUCUACCCGUCAAAAUAAAAGCAUUGAAACAUAACAAAUAAAAUAUAAAAAAAAUCGUGAUUAUAAUCAUUGCUAAAUAAGUAAAUUAAGUAUUUUUGUAUGGUUCAGAAAAAGUAAAACAACACAUGAGAUUAUUCUACGAGUUGAAAUAGAAGUUUUAAAACAUAACAAAUAUAAUACAUGACAAUUGUUUGGUUUUUGUUUGAGGUUUUGGGAUUUAAUACACGAUUUUGUUCACAAGCUUUGUAUUUUUCCCAGAGCACGUACAUAAACGUCGGCGGUUAGAUAUGCGAAUGCUGAAUACUCAACUUACAUUGUUGCCACGUCUAAAAACUACAAAGUAAAACAAGUCGGCCACAACAACAAUAAUGAUUUUCUGAUAAUCAUAACCUUUGCUAACGUAAUUUUUUGCGAAGUUCGCAUUAGCGUUUAAAAAAACCAACAUUCGAGCUUCAUGUGCUUUUAAUCGACUCCGUCUUUCGCUGAUGAUCAAACCUGCCUUCGAAAAUAACCUCUCGCACGGCACUGAGGUAGCUAGAGCACAACAUUUUUCACGGACCACCUCACUUAAAACUGGGUAGUAGUGGUUAUAAUCUCUCCACCACUUACAAGGAUCUUCAUUACGGGGUAGUAAACGCGAUGUGUAUAUGCUUCCUGGCAGCGACCGCGAUCGAAACAGCGUCAGCUACCGAUCAGUGGUUACCGAUACCGAUACUUCCAAACAGCGAUCUGGGUCGCUGCUUCAUGGAGAAUCAGGUCGCCCGGACUAACGGCGACCAUUCAAGUCACCGGGAAAGGUCGUCGGUACCGAUAUAUCGAUCAUCUCUAGUUGCGAUGAUCGAGGGAGGCUCUGGGAGUUUAAAGCCCGAGCAGUGGAGCUGGAUGGUUGUUUGUGGUCCCGCAAUUCUUUACUUAUUUGAACCAAAGACUUAGACUGCUUAACUCUAUCUUCAAGGUCUCUUCCAAAUAACCAGUCAUCAACUGGGGAAUCUAAUAAAAUAUCUCUUAAAUCCUUAUUGAUAUUGAGGACGGCAAGCUCUCUACGUGAAACAGUUUCUUGGUGAAACAAAUCUGCCAAAAGCCGACCAGCAUCCCCCAACUGCCUGAUAUAGGGUCUAUCGCCCUCUUCCUCUUUUUCAUCUAACUAAAAAUUAUUAUGUCAUCAAGAUAAAUGAUAAAGGUGGUUGGACUAUUUUUUAAACCUUGAGGCAUUCUUAAGAAUUCGAAGUGACCAUUCAUAGCAGAAAAAGCUGUUUUAGGAAUAUCAAUUUCGUCCAUUUGAAUUUGAUAAUAUCCAGAUGCAAGGUCAACAGUUGUAAAAUAAUUUGAUCUAAGAAGUUUGUCUAAAAUAUCUGUAAUAUUGGGUAUGGGAAAUUUAUCAACUAUUGUAUGCUCAUUUAAUUUUCUAUCGUCUAUUACAAUUCUCCACUUCUGUUUACCAGAUUGAUCCAUUUUUUUAUUAAUACCCAGAUGGGGCUGCUAUAGGGUGAAUUUGAAUGUCUAAUGAUACCUUAUUUCAGCAUCUGAUUGAUCUGUUCGCUUACUUCCGGUUUAUGUAUUUCUGGAAAUCUGUACGAUUUAGUAUAAAUAGGUGUGUCAUCUGUCAACCUAAUCUUAUGUUUGAUUUCAUUCGUAAAACUGAGAGGAAUUUGUUCGCAAUAAAAAGUAUCUCUAUAUUCAAAAAUCAAUUUUCUAAUAGUUCUACUCUCUCUUCAUUGCAAUGAUCCAAAUUGAUAGUUUUCAAAACGUUAUCGUAUUUCUUUGUGAAUUUAAUAUUCUCGUUAAUUUGGAACAUGAAAUUUGUAUGUAUUGGCAUCGGGGGUAUUCAUGAUGAGCCUCUUCAUUUGGGCCAUGUGGGUUUCUAUGAACCUCUUUAGUUCAUCCCCAUCUUCUUCUUCCCGGUCUGUGGAGGGUCUUUCCUGCCUUCGGGGUGCCGUCUCCUCGCUUCUUGCAGCCCUUGCGUAGCUCUGUCCAGGUCUUACUGGGGCUGGCUUCGUGAUAUUUCCUUCUUCUCCGCGGCGGGUUUGCUCUUUGGUUUUGAGCUUGGGCGUCUUGGGCAUCCCCCGUAGUUCGCUGGGUGGCUCCCACCACAGAUGGCGCAGGUUGCCGCUUUUUCUUGUGGCACUUUGCACUCUGAUGCGCGAUGUGCCCGAACUACUGGCACCUGUAGCACUGGCCCGGACCUUCUCUCUUCCUCUGUGCUUCUAUCUUUACGAUCAUCUGACAGCAUUCUGUCAGAUCGUAUAUCUUCUUCUCUUCUUUUGGAAGAUCCACUUUGACCAGCGGGAUCUUCUUCCUGGUUCGCCUGCUGGUUAGUCUAUUUACCCUUCUUGGGUGGAAUCCUUUAGAUUCCAGGUCCUCUUUGAUUUCAUCCUCCCCCGUCAUCAGUGGCAUGCCCCUGAUGAUUACUGACAGGGAUUUUUCGUCUGGCAUGGAGUAGGUGUGGUGUUCCACCUUGUUCUCCUCGAGCGUCUUCUUUACGCUUCGGAAUUCCUCCUCAGUCGUCAGUUGGACCUUAAUGCCGGUCCUGGUGAGUUUUGCCGGCUUGUCGGCUGGGAUCUUCUCUCCCUUCUUCAUCGUUUGCCACUGGUCUUCCUAUGUAUAUAUAGGGGUGCCGGCCUUCUUGUCUUAGGCUUAUGAUUCCAAACACACCAAACUGUGUUAUUUAGCCUUUGAUGGUCAUAUACUCAAGUUUCAUCCUGAUUCUAUCGAUUUAGUUACUAGUAAGUUAUAUGAGUGCAAAAAGUGUAGUUACAAAACUAUUUUGGAGGCUGAUUUGAAUAUACAUGUCUCGACAAGACCUGAAUAUAGAAGUUUCACCAAAGAUAAUGAACAUUUCAGUGAAGGAAAGUUCGCGGAGUUUCUAUUCAAGCGUUGCUGCAGUCAAACAUUGAAGUGAGUAAAGAAAAUAAUAGGUACGUCCAGAAUCCUAACGGAGUUACUGAUAUUGGAAGAUUCAAAGAGAGAAAGUGCACUUUGUAUUAACUUUUUAUUUGUCUUAUCUGGCAGUGCCGUUGAUGUUUGUAUUUGUAAAUAAUGACUGCAUAGAGAUUCUGGAGCCGAGCAAAUAAAUGAUAUUCCAUAUAAGCUAGGGAAUGUUUAUUUUGCAAUCAUAACAAUAACAUUAUACACUAUCAUCCUUGUACGACCCUAAAAUGUAUA